UCCCAAUUUGGACUCUCAGUCUCCAGCUCAGUCUCCCUUUUCCAGUUUGCUUUCGUUUCACAUUUUGUGUGCGAAUCCAGCAGUCGCCCCCAGCACUCCAACUCUCGCCGCGCAGUGUCGCCUGUUUUGAUGACACCAAGCCUUCCCUCUCCAAAGGAGGUCUUCCGUCUCGCCCCAGACCAACACCGCGCCUUUGUACAACUAUGGACGGAGACCUUGGUCAACAGCGGCAACCAUCUCCUUUGCGAUGCGCGCCAGGGCUCGCUGGGCGCUGCACUGCUCGUCUCGCUCUUCUCUGAACACGACGUGAAGCCGAACGCAAAUUUCGCAGAGUCCGAGUCCUCGUUCCUUCAGACGCUUUGCAUUCAACUCAGCGUCUGCAUUGGAUGUGUCAAGCGUAUGUAUGAAUCCGUAACGGAUAGCGCACUGGUAGGUUUGCUAGACUCUUCGUCUGCGAUAGCAAGUAAUCGCGAGGCCUUUCGAGCGCAUGCGGCGCAUGUUCGCCACCAGCUCGCCUGUUUUGCCGAAUAUCGCCUUCCACGCGCCUUGCUGUCGGCGGCUCGUCCACAUCGCACGAGUCAACCAAUUCGCCCUCACUUUGCAGAGUUCCAGCACAUUGAUCGCCGCCGUCCCACUCGAACUGCCCGGGCGUUGCCCUUUCACAAGCUGGGCGAUGAGUGGACCCAUUUUCUGGUCCGUCCCGAGGAUCAGCACUUGUCUGCUUCCGUUCGACUGGUGAACAGCGUUGUGACUCCAGUUUUUGAGCUUCUUUGGUGUCCAAGCCUGCUCGAGAGCCAGCAGUUGGUCGCGGCACUGCAGGACACGUUUCUGCGAUUUGAAGGGUUGUCCGCCAGCAGGACGAAUGCUGCUCGGACUCUCUGGUCGCAGAUGUUUACAAGAAUUGAACGUGCUCGCCGAAUCCGGCAGGGCAUCCUUUCCUCUGCCAGCCUCAUGCGGCAGACGAGCGUCGUCAAAACCGAGCACGCGCCUCCUGCAGCAGCGUCCCUAGAAAUCCCGCCUGCGCUUACCGCCUCCGAUUCUUGCAUUGUCAUUGAUGAUGAUGAUGAUGAUGACGACGACGAAGAUCCAGAGGCGGAUGAACUGUUGAGCCAAGCAAUCGAAGCCGAAAGCAUUCGUAAACGUCAGCAAUAUUUCGACAGCCUUGACAGUGAAGACGCAAGUUUUGAGCCUGCCAGUAAGACCAAGGAUGAGGAAAUGGAGGACAAUGAGGACCUUGAGGAAAUCAAGGAAAUCGAGGAAAUUCCUUUAAACACUCGCUCAGGACUGGUACCCUGUCUUGCACGGCACUUUAUUGUCAGUGUUUCCAUGCUUCAGACACAGUUUGGCAACGCACCUUGCUCUGCGAUCGCAGAGCUUUUGGCGCUCUUCAAACCCGCCUUGUCCUCGUCGUCCUCUUCUUCCUCUGGUCUGUCCGUCGCAACAUGGAAAGAUGUCGCUGAAGGCGCUACAACAACCACCACUUCUAGCACUCACCUCCAGUGGUCGCCGAGGCAAUUCGAGUCCUUUGACGCAUUUGCGCAAUGUUUCCAAGCAAUGCUGGCAUGUCGUGGUCCGUUUUCAAGCAAGGAGGACCAGCUGUCGGGUCUCGGAGCCUGGAUUCGCCAGAAUUACGCUGCUGCUGCUGCUGCUGCUUCGACCGGUCUGGCCGCGCGUGUGGCCGAGCCAGAUAGCGAUUUCGAAGGGUGUCCGGUCUCGCUCUAUUUCGCUGACACGGUCGAGAACUUGCUGGACCGAGCGUCCGGACUGGUGCACUUGAUCCCGAUUGACCCGUUGCCUUGCUGGUCAACCAUGCUCGUUUUGCUGAACGACCUCGAUGCAAACACGAUGCACUGGGCUUUCAGUCACGGCUUCGAUCGCCUGUACCACGUUAUCGUCGGAAGGCUAAUCACGGGUGCGCAAUCUCGCUCCGAGUUGCUCGUACUUUGCCAGUGCUUGACUGCCUGUCUUGGUCCGCUGGGCUGGCAGCCUGACCCUGCCGACCCUACGUUGGCUGAGACCCUAUUCGACGCCAUCAAGACUAACGAGUUCAUGGUCGAUAUCGCAUCGGGUCCAGACCCGCCAACUGAUGUGGGUCUCUACUUUGAGUGGAGUCUUCCUCUGCUCUCGGCUCUCGUUCCGCACAUUGAAGCGUGCCCGACAGUGUUUCGCCGAGCGCUCGAAUGGUUCCUCGUUGAACUGCCUCGUCAAAGUCAACAUCUGAGAGAUCGCCUCCGCGCAUCUUUGUCCCUCGGCUUCAACCUUCUCGUACGGUUAUGCAAAGCGGCUCCAACUGCCGCUGUUGCCGAUGCAAACUCUACUGCGCAGCGCUUCAUUCUGUUGGAUACGGCCAGUACCUGGGUGCCUCCCGUCAAAAAACUUGUGAUGAAGCGAAAUCAGUUUGCAUUCCAGUGUACCCAGAAAUUGCUAGAGGCUGAUGUGGACUGGCUUGAGCGUAGCCUGUUCACGGUGUCAACUGCACAGCGGCGAUCCAAGGAGCUGCGCGUUGUGAUUUUCGAUAAGCUGACCAAGGAUGCGCAGGCUUUUGAAUUUCUCAAGCCGUUCUGGGAGUCGCUCGUUGUCAUGGACAAUUACACGACACCUGCUGACAAGUCGCCACCAAUCUCGCGUCUCAACAAGCUCCUUUGCACCCAGAUUCUGCGGGUUCUGCAGGCGGUUUUAGAAGUGAAACAAAAUCUCCAGGCCGAAGCUGCAGCGCAACAUCACAGCCCGCAAACGUCCCUCGACCUUUGCGCUCGCAUUGAGGAAGUCGAGUCGUCAUUUCUCGACCUGGCUGCCGGAUGGCUUGAUGUGCUUGGCGAGACAACUCGCUGGGCCGACACGGACGUUUUCUUUCACUGCCAGUUGAUCGCCUAUCUGGCCGCCAACUACUCCUGGCACGAUAAGGUGGGUUUGGCAAUCAAGCAACUUGUGGGAAGCUGUCUGGAGCAUCAAGAUAUCUCAAGCGCUCCUGUCUUGCUGGACAACACGGACGAGCGACUUCCACGCAAACCCACACCCGUCCAUGAGCACGCUAUGGAAAUGAUUGCAGGAGUGCAACUCCAACACAUCAACCGGGCUGUGUUUUUGGCGUGCUGCAAGGCACCCGUCGUUGUCGAUUUAUUGGUCGCGACCGUCCUUGGAGGACUGGCGCGAUAUUCGACCGAUUGCGAGAAGGUGAAUCGACGGACCAAGCAAUCAGCAGAGAGCAAGCAAAAGUCGCUCGACAAGUUGCGCGUCAUUCGCACGCAUCUGAUCGACUUUCUGUUCUUGCUGGUUUCCCUCGCGCGCGAUUUUCGAGCCGAUCUUCCAUCUCAAGUCUUGGAUACACUCGAGCAGACUUUUGUCAAGGUGUUUGACGAGCCCGAGCAAAAUAACCUUGUGCGGCUUGUGCCCGCCAUGGCGGCCAAGUAUCCUGAGCAAGCAAGACGUGCUGGUUGCGAGUUCAACCCCGAGUUGGAUGAUGAUGUGACCGACAUGGAAGUCGAUGGUGAGAGUGGAAGUGAUGCGGAGCAAUCUUCCGAUGCCGAGCAAACGUCAGCCGAGCAUCAGUCUGAGCAUAAACCUCGUCACGACGACGCUCUCGACGACGACCAGCCAGAUCUUGAGCCAAACAACGACGAUGCCCACGAAGCGCCAGCAGAUCUUGAGCCAAAGCACGAUGCCCAGGAAGCGCCCGAAAAACUGGGUGAAGCCGACCAAAUGCUCGCGGAUGGCCAACUAGAGGAGACGACUAUGGCCAUGGAGGUGGGUCACCAAGAGAAAGCCGCUUCCCCUCCGCUUUUUUCGUCAGUCUUUGAUGAGGAAACGCAAGAAUUCGAAGACCCAGUCCCGUUCGUGACGAGCAAAGUCCAGCAUGCUCCGACUGAAGGUAUAACUCCCAUGAACAUCCAGCCACCAGUCUCUGCCGCCCCCUUACCUCGACGCGUCACAUCAUUACGGAAUCGGCAGUUUGUGCUGAAAGAAGACGUCGAUGAUGAUGAUGAGAGUAGCGAUGACGAUUUGCGCUUUCCGGACACAAGCACGCUGCUUCUUGCCGCCGCAACUGGUGCGGCCACUCGAACGCAGCAACAGAUUUCUGGUUCCAGUGUGGUCUCUGAGGAAGAAGAUGCUCAUCGUGUCGGACAAGUUGUUUCAUCGUCUCUUCAACAUCCGAGACCGACUGUUUUCCCAACUGCCGAGCAUACGCUUGCAAAAGCCCCCGCCUCGACUGCAGCCUUCAGCACGCUCCCGAAACCGACGACAGCACAAGCUGCACUGCCCGUCAAGCCGGUACUAUUGUCCCAGGGAAGACCUUUUGCACCUCAACCGCCGCGGCCACGCUCAACAGAGCCUUCAGCUUCUUCUGCUGACACCUCCAGCAAUAGUCGUGCCUCGCCAACCCGACCACACGCACACAAGCUGUUACUCCCUCGAAAAACUGCACUUGUUCGCAACAACUUGCAAGCGAAUCGUGCGGCUGUCAUUUCCGAAGAAGAACAGGCAGCCAUUCGAAACAAGGACGUGGUGGAUCAGUAUCAACCGGCUGCUGCGACAAGCACCGGAUUGGAUCCAAAGUUCCUGGUCUCCUAUGGUAAGCGACCUGCUGGACUCAGUCGACCCGCCUCGCGAGCUUCGCCUGAACCUCGAUACAGUGCCGACAUUGUGCAACAACAGCAACCGCCUGUGGUGGUGGCAGCUCGAUUCAUACCGCUUCGCCAGCGACUGUUGUCGUGGACCCCUCUGGCUCUGUUUCGGGGCGAGAUUGCCGAAUUGAUUGACGCCGUGAACCAGAAUGCUCCGCUUCCGGAGCAGAUGCUCGUGAACUCGUCGCCUGCUGGCCAGAUUUCUCGCAAAUGCGAAGGCAGCCGCGUCCCAAACGUCAUCACCAGUUGGGAGCAGUACGUUGCCCUGUUCGAGCCCCGCUUCCUGCUUGAAUGCAUUCACAAUCUGGGUGAGGUCUUGGUGAUGAACUCGCCUGCAGCAGCUCAACCAAAGGAUGCCAGCAAGCCGCUCGUAUUGGGCGAGAACUGCCUCUCGCGUCAGGUGACGCGAUUCGGCGAUGUUUCGGAUGAGCAGGCUUCGCUCUGCCGUGUCAAGCUGCGUUCAGAUCAAGCCAACCUUUUCGAACAGUUUUUCCUCGGAGACUUUCACAUCUUGGGACUGCCCAAACAAACGAACAAUGGCAAGACAGGCUUCGACCCGGACGAGGCACUUCUUUGUCAAGUGGUGUCGCGGAAGGCAGAUUGGUUGGAGAUCGAGGUCAACCCCUCGCACCCUGCUGCGCGCAAAGUAUUCAUGAACGCUUCUACGCUUCACUUGUUCAAUUUGGGUUCCAAUCCCACCAUGAAUCGGCAGCAUGAAGCCCUGAGCACGAUGCAACACUCGGACUUUGCCAAGUUUAUUUUCAACCCAAAAUUACUUUUCGACAUCAUCAAGCUGGCACGCUCCAAGCCCAGCAUGGACAGCAUCACGUAUCUCAAAACCAACAAGGAGCUCAACGACUCGCAGUUCGAAGCCGUCAAGCUGGCCAUGUCCUUAUCCCACGGUCUGUGCUUUUGGCAAGGUCCCCCUGGGACGGGCAAGACGAAAACCAUUCUGGCAUUGUUGGGCGCCGUCGUCCGCAAAAGUAUCACAGAUGCGCAACAUCGGCUUGUUCCAAACGAAAAGUCACCAGAACUGACCCGACGAAAGCGAAUCCUGGUGUGCGCUCCCUCCAACACUGCCGUCGAUGAAAUCAUUUCACGCUGCGAGGCCGAGCUUUUGUCGGUGGGUGACCUCGACUUGUCAAAGCUUCCCAUCGGGUUUGAUCCCAGCCAAAUCGUGACAAUCACGCAAGGCCAACAUCGCUAUCGCCCAGUUGUGGUGCGUUUUGGCCAGUCCGAUCAUCCGACCAGCUUGGAGCGCCGGUUGGCAAAACGCAUCGGCAACGACGCGAUCAGCGUUCGAGACCGCAACGCCCUCAAAACCGAAAUCUUUAUGAGUGCCGACAUUAUUGCCUGCACUCUUGUUUCGAGUGGUCUUGAAACAUUGAGCACUCAGGUGGCAGAGUCCACUCAGAGGCUCAAGGAGCAGCUUGCGAGUCGCGGCGGCGGUUCAAUUGUGACCAAUCAGCCGUUCUUUGACAUGCUCAUCAUUGAUGAAGCUUCGCAAUGCAUUGAGCUCGAGUCUCUCAUUCCGUUCCGAACCCGCCCACGAGUUGCGGUGUUGGUAGGUGAUCCCAUGCAAUUGCCGGCCACGGUGACCUCGAUGGAGGCUCGGCAGUCCGGACUUUCGCGAUCGUUGUUUGAACGCGUCGCACAGGCUGUCACGUCGGCCCCAGACCGAGCAGCUGCCGAUAGUCCUAUUCGACUGCUGUCUACGCAGUAUCGUAUGGCUCCGCAAAUCGCCAAAUUCCCGAAUCGGGAAUUCUACGAGGGCCGGCUCACCAAUUUUUACCCGGAUGAUCAUUUCCGCCUGCCAUGCCACGAACAGCUCCAGUUUCGACCGUUUGUCUUCUACAACGUUCAUGAAGGCAAGGAGAAACAGGAUAAAAGCAAGAUCAAUUGGGAAGAGGUCGACACAGUGAGUCGAGUUUUGCAAAAACUCCAUACCAAGUACCCCGAGAUGUUUGAAGGCACCCAACCUGUGUCCAUCGGCGUGCUUUCUCCCUAUUCGGAUCAAGUGGGUUUGAUUCGCAAGAAAAUCGAUCAAAAAUUGCCCCACAUGCAAAAGUUUAUCGAGGUGGACACGGUUGACGCCUUCCAAGGACGGGAAAAAGACAUUGUUCUGUUUUCGUGUGUUUUUACAGACCGGAUUGGCUUUCUGGCCGACACGCGAAGGAUGAACGUGGCGUUGACGCGUGCGCGAAAGUGUCUGUUUGUCAUCGGUCGAGCGGAAUCGCUGAUGAAUGGAUCGGAACCAAGCUGGAGACAUCUCGUUCGGUACGCGAUCGACAAGGAAGUGAUGUGCGAUUCCCACGGCAUCCCAUCGGUCGACAAGUUCCGCAAAACUAGCUCUGGUCACUCUUCCCACUCUGAUCGAUCGAGUGUCGGGCGCCAUCAUCGUCAUGACAGCGAGAACCGCAGGGCGGAAGCUCAAUCCACUCACGCGUUGCCGGCCCCGACUGGCACCAAGAGCGCGGCUGAAAGCGCAGCAGUACAUCCUGGUCACCGUUCAAAGUCACCGCAUACCCACUCAGGGUUGCAAAAUCCUCACCAAGCGCCGAGCAUGGCGGCGUGUCCGAAACCUGGAGGGUACGUCGCGUUUCUGCGCCAGAAUCCUCCAAAAUCCGAUGUAACUCCUGCCGAUGCUGCCUUGGCGGUGAAUGUCAGCAAAGCUGCGGCCCCAAGCAGCGCGUUGGUGACUCAAGAAAUAUUCAGCGCAGCUCAGCUGCCCGCAUCGCUUCAGACAGCAAAGCGAAGCUGGGAGAACUUUGAACCUCCAACAGAUCCCCGCAAGCGGCCUCGCAUGGAACCCUCCGGCGCGCAAAUCGAACCCAGCCGUGCAGCUUUGGUCGCCGCCGCCGCCGCCGCCGCCGCCCCGACUCCGAUUGAUCUGCCCUUGACCUUGGGUCCAGUCUUGCACCCGUUUGAUCUGCCGCUCCAGCUGCCAGGGGCGUCUUCGCUUCAAAGACAUGCGCCAGUCCAACUUCCUCCGCAGCCACCCAAGACUUCCGAAGUUCUCGCACGACACAAACAACAGCAGCAGGGCAUCGACCAUUCGAAACGGCAGACAGCUCGGCCCUCCAUGACCGCGCAGCCCGCCCCCGUGCCGAGAGGAGAAUCGACGUCUGUUUCGCCUUCCUCCUUUGUGCCUACGCCAGACCAGAGGCGAUCAAUGGAGCUCGCGCGAGACAUACAGCUUGCUGGCUCUUCUCGCUCAGAGUCGACGCAUCAUGCUUCCAAUGCUACCAGCUCCAGGGGAUCUUUUUCUGCUCAUUCCAAGCCGUCCAGUCACUCGGAUGGGUCGGGCCUGCGACGUGAGCUCGCAAAGUCCAGGCCAGGUCAGACGCCAUUGCUUCUACCUCCAAAGCCUGCCGCAGCUCGUCCGAGCAAUAACGCCAGUCACGCGAUGAGCGGCAGUCAGCAUCACCAUCGAUCGUAUUCUUCGUCCUCGGCUUCUUCCAAUGCCAAUGGCAACCGGUUUCUUCCCUCUUACUCCCCUUACUCGUCGUCCGCUCCUGUCGUUCGGCGUUCCGGGCACGACUCCCCUGAAAGGCGGACUGACAACCGACGCUAGCGACUGUUGAGCAAUAGUCGCCACGCAGAAAGGAAACCCCUUCCUCCCUUUUGGGGUCAACAGUUCCAAACAAAAAACAAAAAAAAAAAACCUUCGCAUUCUUAACCAAAACCUCACUUGUACUGUUAUUAUUUGUAUUUCUACUUGACAAUAAACCCAAGACUAACAUCAGU